CUGGCUAAUUCUGACUUGGGACAAAACAACUAAACAUGAGAGCUGCUGUUUCAAAUUGGCGCCAAAAAACAUUAAACUUGUCUUGUGCUCAAACUCAUCAUCUAGCUGCUUCUGCUGAUCAAACAACUCCCAAGACAUUCUUCAACUGCGAUUCCCAUGUUAAACACUUGUGUAAUGACAGGAAAUUCUCGGAAGCCAUUCACAUUUUGUGUAAAAACAAGCGAUUAUCCGAAGCAAUUGAGCUGUUAAGCCGUAUUGAUCGGCCUUCUCCGGCGAUAUAUUCGACUCUCUUGCAGCUCUGUAUACAGCAGAGAGCGGUUGAUUUGGGUAAAAAAGUGCAUGAUCAUGCGGAGAAUAAUGUGGGUUUUAGAGCUGGGAUUGUGAUAUGUAAUCGUUUGUUGGAUUUGUAUUGUAAAUGUGGGUGUGUUGGGGAUGCGCGGAAGGUGUUUGAUGAAAUGUCUGAGAGAGAUGUGUGUUCUUGGAAUAUAAUGGUAUCUGGGUAUGUGAAAGCGGGGGAUUUGGGGGGUGCUAGGGGGUUGUUUGAUGAAAUGCCGGAGAGGGAUUAUUUUUCAUGGAAUGCGAUGGUUUCGGGGUAUGUGAGGUAUGAUCAGGCGGGUGAGGGGUUGAAGUUGUUUAGGGUGAUGGAGAAGAAUGGGGAUUUGGGGAGUAGUAAGUUUGUGGUUUCGAGUGCUCUUUCGGCUUGUUCUGCUGCGAGAUGUUUGCGUUCUGGGAAGGAGAUUCAUGGGCAUAUAGUGAGGACGGGGUUGGAUUCUGAUGAAGUGGUGUGGAGUUCGUUGUCCGAUAUGUAUGGGAAAUGUGGUAGUAUAGAUGAUGCAAGGCAUAUAUUUGACAAAUCUUUGAAUAGAGAUGUUGUUUCGUGGACAGCAAUGAUUGAUAGGUACUUUGAGGAUGGAAGGAAGGAAGAGGGGUUUAAAUUAUUUAUGGAGUUGUUAAGUUCGGGGAUUAGACCAAAUGAGUUUACUUUUGCUGGGGUUUUAAAUGCUUGUACAAGUCAAUCUGCAGAAUAUCUGGGGAAACAAGUUCAUGGCCAUAUGAUUCGGAUUGGGUGUGAUCCGUCAUCAUUUGCAACUAGCACACUGGUCCACAUGUAUUCCAAGUUGGGAAACAUGGAGAAUGCUUAUAGGGUUUUCAAAGACAUACUGGAGCCUGACCUGGUUUCAUGGACUUCUUUAAUCAAUGGAUAUGCUCAGAAUGGUCAACCUCAUGAAGCUCUUCGGUUAUUCGAGUUGCUUCUUAAGUCUGGUAAUAAACCCGAUCACGUUACUUUCAUUGGAGUUCUCUCUGCUUGCACCCAUGCUGGUCUAGUUGACAGAGGGCUAGAGUAUUUCCACUCAAUAAAAGAGAAACAUGGUUUAAAAUACACUGCAGAUCACUAUGCUUGUGUUGUUGAUCUCCUGGGUCGUUCUGGCAGAUUUAAAGAGGCUGAAGAUAUCAUUGUAAGCAUGCCCAUGAAACCAGAUAAGUUUCUUUGGGCUUCCUUGCUUGGUGGUUGCAGAAUUCAUGGAAAUAUAGAAUUGGCAAAACGAGCAGCUGAAGCGUUAUUUCAGAUUGAACCUGAUAAUCCAGCUACUUAUGUUACUCUUGCAAAUAUUUAUGCCACUGCUGGUAAAUGGGAUGAAGUGGCAAAACUCAGAAAGGUUAUGAAUGACAAAGGAGUUGUCAAGAAACCAGGUAUUAGUUGGACAGAGAUCAAAGGAAAAGUCCACACUUUCAUGGUGGGAGAUAAAUCCCACCCAUAUUCUACUAAAAUAUACGACUAUCUGUCAGAACUGUUCAGAAGAAUGAAGGAAGAAGGGUAUAAUCCCGAGACAGACUAUGUGCUGCAUGAUGUAGAAGACGAACAAAAGGAGCAAAAUAUAUUCUACCAUAGUGAGAAGCUCGCAGUUGCAUUUGGAAUUAUUGCUACUCCACAGGGAACCACAAUUAAAGUUUUUAAGAACUUAAGAACUUGUGUUGAUUGCCAUACCUCAUUCAAAUAUAUCUCCAAAAUUGUUAAGAGAAAAAUAAUAGUAAGGGAUUCAACCCGAUUCCAUUGUUUUGAGGGAGGAAGCUGUUCUUGCAAAGACUAUUGGUGAUUUAGGAUAUAUUAACUUUGAAAGUUAUUGGAUGAUUGUUGGUUGAAGUGAGCUAUGAACUUAUGGGACCUAUGGUUUGAACUGUUUGUUGUUUUGUGGUUACAUUCGUUCUCUUUUACUUCCUCAAACUUUCAGUUCCUCAUUCGUAUUAAAAAGUUAAUAUCAUUUAUCUCUUCAUCGUCUUUGGAGAGUUCUUCUAUAGAGUUUGGCCACGGGCAGCACCAUCAAGUAGUUCAUGCAUGAGUUAAUCUCAGAGUUUUUCACUGUGAGAUCAACCUAUCCCCACAGCUGGUUCCUCGAGCAGAAUUCUAUACAGUUACUGAUAGUAUACAGGAGUAGUACAAGCAGAUUAAUUAUUGUAGAAACAUUUCUUUAUAGAAUUGAUGGUGGCGAAACUAUAGACUGCUUCAAGAAACUCUGUAGGUGUAUGUCAUCAAAAGUUUGAAUUGUGUUCUGAGGCCUGUACAUUAGUAAUUGUUUAUCACUCUCGCAUUUACUUUUUAUACAAAAUUUUGUUUUUUUA